UGCCGCAUGCACUCUCCCACCGGCUCCAGCAGGGUGACAGCGCAGACCCUGACUGAAGACAGAGCCGAGGGCGACUGACCAGGAGGAUUCCAGCCGGGAAAAGGGAAAACUGGACAUAAAAGCCAGGGGGAACCGUAAAUAAGCUCGAACGCAUUUUGUUUUGCGAACCGCAACUAAUUUUAUUUUUGCUCAGAUAUCGCUAAAGCUGUAGGAAUUUGUGGCGAACUAUGUUUGUUUGCUUGUUUCAACUUUAUCCAGGCAACUUCAGUGUCUCUGCCCCCGAGGAUUAUCACGAGACCAUGUUACUAUAUCAGUUGAUUUUCAGCGUGGUUGCAAGACGCUAUUCACUUAAGUAAUUAGGCAAAAAUAAUAAUAAUAAUAAAAAAACACAAGAGGCGCACAUUUCUCUCUUGUUAUUUACAAGACAAGCGCGCGGUCCAAGCGGUGACUUUGUUGUGGAAUACCUGGGGCGCGCGCUCACGUGCUCAACUCCUAUUACAGAUAACAGCACAAUAGCAACAUUCUGCUGAAGGUGUAGCUGUCCGGAGUCAACAUCUCAGAGGAACACUGAAACGUAACCAUGGAGCGUCUCCUCGGGAUACAAGAGCUCUCCUGAAGACUGUGCGCGAGCGUGUAGGAGAAAGUUUAAAUAAGAUUUACCCGCAUAAACUAAGGCACCUUUGUGGCUGAACCCCCUGAGAAGAAGCAUCGCUGUAAAACGCCCGGACCAUGGCCGUCUCCUCACGGGACAGCUGCUUCUGGUUGCUCUGGAGACGGACCCUGCUCGCGCUGUGGCUGUGCACGGUGGGAGCGCGUGGAGCGGAAGAUGAAAGAGGCUUCAAUGCCGAGUCAUGGCUGAGGAUGUAUGGGUACCUACCCCAGGCCAACCGACAGAUGUCCACCAUGCGAUCAGCUCAGAUCCUGUCCAACGCCGUCAGUGACAUGCAACGCUUCUACGGUCUGGAGGUCACCGGUCAGAUGGACGCUCAGACCAUCAGUGCCAUGAAGAGACCCCGCUGCGGUGUGCCUGACAAGUUCGGAGGGCAGAUCAAAACCAACGUGCGUCGGAAGCGUUACGCGCUCACUGGACAUAAAUGGAGCAAGAGCCAUCUCACUUACAGCAUUCAGAACUACACUCCUAAAAUUGGAGAGUACAACUCAUACGAGGCCAUCCGGAGGGCCUUUAGGAUCUGGGAGGGAGUCACCCCUCUGACCUUCGAUGAAAUCCCCUACCAGGAAAUUAAAUAUGGACGCAGAAAGGAGCCGGACAUCAUGAUUUUCUUCGCUUCGGGUUUUCACGGAGACAGCUCACCUUUUGACGGGGAGGGUGGCUUCCUGGCUCACGCCUACUUCCCUGGACCAGGGAUGGGAGGGGACACGCACUUUGAUGCUGACGAACCUUGGACCAUUGGGAACCACAACGUGCAAGGUAAUGACCUGUUCCUGGUGGCGGUCCAUGAGCUGGGCCACGCUCUGGGCUUGGAGCACUCCAGUAACCCCCUGGCCAUCAUGGCUCCCUUCUACCAGUGGAUGGAGACGGAUAACUUCCAGCUUCCGGACGACGACCGACAAGGCAUACAGCAGAUCUAUGGUCAACCCGACAGCGUUCCCACUCAGGCGCUGCCCACCGUGCCGGCUCGCCGCCCAGAACCCAGACCACCCCAGAAUCCCCCCCGCCCCAGGACCACCGACAGACCCGACCACUACGGGCCCAAUAUCUGCGAGGGGAACUUCGACACCGUUGCCAUGCUGCGCGGAGAGAUGUUCGUUUUUAAGGGUCGGUGGUUCUGGAGGGUUCGCAGGAACAGGGUCCUGGAUAACUACCCUAUGCCCAUUGGUCACUUCUGGAGGGGUCUGCCCGGCGACAUCGAUGCCGCUUACGAGAGACACGACGGCCGGUUCGUCUUCUUUAAAGGAAACAGAUUUUGGCUCUUCAGGGAGGCAAACCUGGAACCGGGCUACCCUCUCGAUCUGGUUGAUUAUGGUCGAGAUAUUCCCUACGACCGGAUAGACACCGCAAUCUGGUGGGAACCGUCCGGCUACACUUACUUCUUUCAAGGAGACAGAUACUGGCGCUUUGAUGAGACGUCACAGUCUGCUGACAGAGGCUACCCAAAGUCAAUCGAUGUCUGGGACUCUUCAGUGCCCUCUUCUCCCAAGGGGGCCUUCCUUAGUGAUGAUGGGGCAUACACCUUCUUCUAUAAGGGCACCAAGUACUGGAAGUUUGAUAACCAGCGUAUGAAGAGCGAACCAGGCUAUCCCAAGUCCAUCCUGAGAGACUUCAUGGGCUGCAGUGUGGACCUGGAUCCCGACAGAGACACCGACUCCGGACGCAAAUACCCAGACCUAAACCGUCCACCAUUCAACCCAGACGCGGGCCGUGAUGCGGACAAGGGCAAAGGACGGGAUGGGACAGACCGCGAAGGCACAGACUCUGACAAGGGCAAAGGCUCGGACAAGGACAAGGAUGAAGAUUACAUUGAGGGUCGGGAAGAAGACACCAAUGAGGUAGACGUGGUGCUGAAGGUGGACGACAGCGAGGAACGAACCAUGAACAUUUUGAUGGUGACCAUCCCUCUGGUCCUGGUGAUGUGCAUCCUGGGAUUGAUCUACGCCAUCAUCAACACGCUGCAGAGCAAAGGGACGCCACGGCUGCUGGUGCACUGCAAGCGCUCCCUUCAGGACUGGGUCUGACCCUUGGCUUGAGGAGGCUCUGAACGUUACAUACCUCCGCUCCUCUCACCCAGACCUCUUUCUGGUGAUCCAUCUGUGCUCAGUGGUUCCUGCAGCUCUUAGUAAAUGUGGCGGUAGAUCCAUCCUGAUCCAGUACUGAUAAAAACUACAAGCGAACGUAAAUUAUGUCUUACAUUUAGAGACACUGAUACACCACCUUAACCACCUCCCUUCGCCCAUGGUGCUCUACAAUGCGUUGACUGUAGUCUAUUUAUGACAGAACUUUGCACAUUUUUUUUCUUUUCAUGUUGUUUUGUUUUGGUUCCUUCUGUGUGAGACUUCAUGUUGUUAUUAUUAGUUCAUAACCAGGAAAGCUGUUCUGCUCUCUGUCUUCUCUGCAAGGCCCUCUUCCUUCCCCUGAAUCUCAAUGGGGCUUUCUGUUUGAGGAUAUCGUAACAUCUGCUUAUGUCAUCUCACAAAGGGUUAGCAAACAUGUGUAGACAAAGCACUGGGCUUGAAGCUUGGUUGAUAAUCAAUUCUGUCGUCACUUUUAGAUGGUUGUCUGCAGUGUAGUGUAUCAAACACAUGCUGCUGGGUUUAACUGGAAAUGGUUAACACAGGUUCAGGAAGUGUUUGUAUCUCACGUGAGGCUUUGCUCAAACCCUCUGAGUCAGGCAGUUACAGGACAGGUGUUUUCCAUCGUGGUUUUGGAUUUUUCUUACAUGAUUGAUCACGUUACUCCCCCCCCCAAAAAAAGUUCGGACCUGCUCAUCUGCUCUACAGGGUUGUUGAAAGAACCAGGUGGACACUUUGGUGAACCCAUGGUUUCCCUUUUUUUUCUUUUGAACAGAAUCCACCACGUUCAUGCUGACAGAUAUUUUAGAAUCCAGACAUCUUUGAGAUUCUUCAGCAGGAAACAUGAGCUCCAAGUUAAGACUUCUCGAAACCUCUCGUUUUGGUGUUGAAUCGACGAGUGGUCUAGUUCAUACAUAGCCACUAUCUGUGCUCUGGAAACCACAAUGGAGGAGCUGUGGGCUGCAUUACAUUUUAAAGGAAAUGGCAGGAAAUGGUGAACAGCGUCAAAGAAAACAGGAGCUAAAUGAAUUUAGCCGUUUUUUUCAUCCUUAGUUUUGACGUGAUGUUGAUGUCGGUACCGUCCCCCUCCAAAGGCUUAGUUCAAUUUCUUUUCACCAUUUCUCAGAUAACUGCAUUACAGUUAUUUGGAUAAAAAUAAUUGGCGUAGUGAGACUGUGAGCUAUACUAGAUAGAAUCUCAGAAUAUAAUGAGUCACUUGUUGACCGUCACUGGGUUUGCAUAUUCGGCUCAAUAUGCUUGCACAAACAUACUGUACAUCCCAUUUGUGCAAGCAUAUUGAGCAGAAUAUUUCCAUCCUGUGGUUUGAUGAAUAGGAACACACAGAAAUAACAAAAUCACGGCAAAAAUGACAAUUAGGUUGUGUAAUUAAUUUAUUAUAUGCAAUCAACUUUGGUUAAUUUCAGCUUUUCGCUUGUCAUCUGUCUUCAGUAAAAAAAGAUAUAUUUGUGCUGUUCAUCUGUUAGAUUUGAAAAAAAAAAAAAAUCAUCAUAGAAACAAAGACUACCAGCCGUUGUAGUUUCUGCUACAUUUCCUCAUAAAGCCAACACAAUUCAGGGAAAGUUUAACGCCUUUAGCUUCCAACUAGGAGGAUUCUACUUUAUAUGGUCAUAGCUGUAAAAAACAGUGAGCAAAACACAUCCACUUGUUGUGUGCUAACGUCUGUUAGCUUGUUUUAGCGUCGCAUGUCAUUAGUUCCUCAAAGUGAAUCAGAACAGCUUCACUGUGUCAGUAGUUCUCCUAACCUCCACAGGCAAUAUUAGGGUAGGGGCAAAUUUCAUUUGCGACAGAUGUCUUGCAUCAUCUAAAGCACGAAACAAACAUGCUAAUCAGGCUAAAACUCUAAUAUUUAUAUGGUCUUUUUGGACAGCACUGGCAUUAAUCUGCUUUUCUCAAUAGUGAUGAAUAAAUUACAGAUCUACAAUCUCAUAAUCUAGAAAUCAAGACUUAAAAUAAGAUUCAGGUUGUAGUAAACGUUGAGUAUUAUCAAGCAAAUAUUUAGCUGCUUCUCAGCUGGCUGGACCAUACUUCUUCCCAUAUAUGGGAACAAAUAUAAAGACUUCUCUGUCCUAUAGGGUAAACAGAGUCACAGGAGAACCUGUUCUCUUUACAUUCAGGACAGGCUUAUCCUCAGUCUGCCUCUUCUGUGUCAACAAUCAGGAAUUUCCUUUGUGCUGUACACGAGGGGGAGUAUUCAUUAUCUGAGAGAACUUGCUCCUUGCUCCUUUUUCACCUUGCAAGAAGAAAGGAUGAAGUCUUUGUAAAGUAGUCAUUGGAUCAGCCCUGCAGUGCAAAUUAAACAUGUCAGUAAGUGUGGAAUUGCUUAUUUUGCCUCUGCACAGUUGUAGCCAAAUUAGAUUUUUAGAUAAAGUGAAGCUUUAUUCACACUUUGAAAGGAAGACUGCUAACCAAAAAAACCUUUCAUAUGUUACGGUUUGUUUUGUCUCUUGACACGGAAACUGACUUACUAAAAAAUGACUAAUUCAGGUUGUGAAAUGAGCUUACAGUUUGGUGUUAGAACCUCCACUGUCACAUUGUGGUUUAGCGGUAAAUCUGAGUUGUGGUCCUCUGAAAGAAAUUGUUCCUUAUCAUUUCUCUGAUUUAGCAUCUAAAGGUGAGUCAAGCUGUUGGGUCAAGCUUGACCGCAAAGGAAGAAAGGCUUAUCUAUAAGGAGGGAGCAUGGGGAGUGCUGGGUGGAGCUUCGUCAGGUUGCUCAGAUCUAAUCGGGGAGUGUCUGACCGUCCUACAGCUGAAACAAAGGAGGGGGGAGGGGACAGAGGAAAGGACGUUGACUUUGCCUCCCUGAGGCUACAAAGUGUAGAUCUCAGGAAUAACGAGUUCUGGACGGAAGAGGAGAAAAAAAAGAAGGAGGGGCCAUGGGAGGCAGAUUUGUCUGAAAUUCUGCCAGGGUCCUGGAAACUCACAGUCACUAAGACUCUCACUCGCUGCUUAAGUAAAGCCACUUCCUGUAUACUGUUUGCACUUUUUCACAUUUUGUCACACUCCAAUCACAAACUUCAGCGUCUUUUUGGUAUUUGAUGUGACAGACCAUCACAAAGUAAAUCUGAAAAGUGCGUCAUGCUCCUGAUGUUGAUGCACUGAGGAACAACAUUUUGCUGCAGUUGCAGCUUCAGGUCUUCUGGCCACCAAGUGGGAAUCUGUAAGGACUAAAAUGUUUGCGUAUCAACAACAACAAAAAAAAACAACCAAAUUUAACCUAAGUUUUAAACCAUAUAGCAGUAAAUUAUCGUAAAAUAUGUAGACGCUUGUGGUUGCAGCACAACAAAACGUGCAAAGGUUGAAGAGGAAGGAAUAGCUUUGAGUCUGGCCGUUGACCCUGAGCCUCACUGCAGUGUUAAGGUUGAAGGCUUGUGUUGGUGGGACACCUCAACAGUUAACAGGACACUCAGCCUGACAAGAGCCUGGAGAUUGAUCUAAGGCAAGUCAAUCCUGGUUGCUUAGAAAUGGUGUCCUGUGUCCAUCUCUCCUCCCUCUCAUCAUUAAUAAGUUGUCAGAGGGAGUGGUUGGCGGACGCAGCUAAUCAGCGCUAAAAGCACUGUCCUCCUGUCCUCCCCUCCCAUUGGUCCAGCUGGGACAUCUGCGAGUACUCAGGCAUCCCUGUGUCUGGACAGGCUCAGAAAGUGCACACUCACCGCAUUAGACACUAAGUAGCAGAUAGAGUUCAUCAAUCUGCCUUUCCUGUGACCUCCAAACAACCACUUUAAAGAGCGGAGAGCCAGCAGAAAGCUGACCGAGCCGACGCGCCUCAGAGAUCGCCGCGCUCUGCCAGUUUCAGCAGCUUCUCGUUGUUCCGUCCCACUCGUUGUCUCCGGACACCGAGCGCGAGAGAAAUAUCGAACGAACUCUUGUCUGAGGUGAUUGAUGCGCAUGUUGAAGAGUUCAGUUAAUCAGCCCUACUCUCCAUCAGCGAGCUCUAUUUUCUGAUAGUAAAUCUCCCACCCCCUCUGCAUGCCUGGCCCUGGAAGCCCGGGGGAAUCAUCACAACAACAAUGGCCUGCUCUCUUCCUCUCUCUCUCUCCCCUCCCUCCAUUUUUCUCUCCUUCUCCUUGGAUGCACACUCGCACAAAAACAUUAUUGUCUCCCUCAAUCCAACCUCAGCCAACCUUCCCUUUAGGAAACUGUUAAGGCCUUUUUUUUUUUUAGAUCAGCUGUAACGGAAUUUGCUUAAACAAACACUCUACCUGUCGGCUCUGUUGCUUUCCCUAAGGCCUGGACCAGUAAGCAGUCGGUUCACUCUGAGGGUCUCAGAUGCCAGCGUAGGGAAGGCUCGGACAUGCUGAGCUGUCAUGUGUCUCAGGAUGUCUCUGUGUAAACACGGCAUGCUGUGAGCGUUCCUGGCUCAGCCCCGACCGCCAAGCUUUCAGCACAGAAAGCCUGACGCCUCCGAUUCCAUUCCACCGUUAUUUAGAAGGCAGCAGUUAGAGGCGGACCAAUCAGAGAUCUGUAUCAGAUAUCCAGCUUCCGCUAAGCUGAGGUCUGCCGGUUAUUAAUAAUAUAUUCGCAUUUAUCAUUUAUUUUAUUGGGUUUUUUGGGGGGGGUAUAAGGGGCUUGUUGAGCCAACACCUCGCCAUGACGUCUGCUCUGAUGGCAUAAAAAUGGUCUGGAUACUUAAGAGUUCCACGUCUAGUUGUCAAAACACACCUUUACUGUUGUUAGCAUUGCAUUAGUAGCAGCUUCUGUGUGUUCCUUAGCAACUCUAGACCCUGAAAUGCCCAAAAGCUUGCCAACAUUUCCUUUGGUACAUGUGGCUCUCAUUCACUAGAAGCUCAGCAGGAGGAAAGAUGAUGAGAUAUGAGGACGACAUGCAGCACAUGGGUCAAGAGUCCAGUCCAGAACAGCUCUGUCACUGAGCCUCAAGGUUAACAAUAUUUCUGAAUUCAGCAUGUUCCACAACUUAGAGCGGUUCAAACAUCAGUCAACUCAAACGCAGCCACGUCGCUUCAGUUCGUCCAGCUUUCCUGCCAGUCUGACCUGAAUGAAGUGCAGACACGUCUCAACAAGUCAAAAUGUUUCCUUUUAAUCGUCUUCAUUUGCCUUUUAUUCUUCCUCCAAUUUUAUUUAAAAACAUUUCGCUGACACUGAAGGUAAACAACUCUGACUCGUCCUCCGUCAGUAGCAACUUCCACGCCAAAGAGUGUUUGUUGGUGUGACCAGGUAGCGCUGGUGUCCAGUGCAUUGACCGGUCAUCAGCUGGUUUCUCCGUGCAGCUCUGUGUUUGUCGUCACACCUCCGCUGAAGACGGGCGGACAGCGAAGGAUCCGAAGAACAUACUGCCUCACUUUUCACUUAAGUCAGCUUUUGUAGUCUAGAUUGGUUGGGCCCCAGAGGACUGCGGUUUGCUCAGAUCCUCCUGUUUUCCCAGAAUGCCCCUCAGCUUGCUCACUGAGCCCAUCCACUUGGAAACCACUCAUUUUAAAUGGCCACUCCACUAACCCUCCAUGGGAAUGGAACAGAAACCAAGGCUUCCAAAUGACUUUCAGAGCCUUGAGAGGGCAACAGAUGAGUGAUCAUCGUGCCUCAUAAGGACACUCAAGACUGGUGGGCAGGCGACCUAAUAAAACUGCCUCUAUCCUCUAGUUGCAGCUACAGUAGAGACUGGCUUCACGCCGUUUGACUCUUUGUUUCUGUUAUUUUCUGUAAAAUAAAGAAUUUCAGUUUCAUCUCUGCCUGGGAUGAAACGAUGAGGAAAAUGUGUUUUAAUUUCAUUGUUUAUAGCAUUCCAAUGAAUAUUUUGGAUGUGUUUUUACGUUUUUUGUUAGAUUAUUAUUUUUUUUAUUUUACAUUUGUGUUGUGUUCAAUUCUAGUUUAGUGUGUUAACAAGCCAUGCUGGACAUGUACACAUUAAAAAGUGCUCUGAGAAAAGGAA